AUGCCGCCGGCGGACUCUCGGCCGUCGCCAAUCAACGGCGUCGUCAUCGGCCUGUUGUCGUCCUUUGGCUCUGCCAUCCUUAUCGCAUUCGUUUUUGUCGUCGUAUAUGUCCUGAGAUACACGGCCCCCGGUCGGAUCUUGCUCGACCGUAUCGGCAGGCCCGGUGAAUUCGAUGACGAGCAGGCCUUCGCCAGGGAGGAGGCCGAUGCCUUGGAGUCGAUGGAUGAUAUGCAAAGGACAGAGUACUUGAGAGCAAAAGCCUUUAUCACAGCCAACCCUCCCGAGUCGCUGCAAACCGAUAUAUCACUUUCCCAGUACCUCGCCAUCCAGGAGAAGGGUGUGUCGGCCUGGGAGUUCGAACCCGAGCUGGAGAUCGCCAACUGCUUCGUCGAGGCGCGUACUGAGAUCGAGUUCUUUGAUUCCGAGUGCUGUGUUUUGAGCAACCUCCCCGUCCCCAAACAAAACGAGGUCUACUACUGGGAAACAAAGAUCUACGAGAAGCCCGAUAACACGCUGCUGAGUAUUGGCAUGUCGACAAAACCGUAUCCGCUGUUCAGGUUGCCAGGUUUCCACAAGUACUCGGUUGCGUACCUGUCAAACGGGACCCGUCGAUUCAACCAGCCGUUUGCGGGCACCAACUAUGGGCCGCAGUACGUCCAGGGUGAUGUUAUCGGAGUUGGGUACCGGCCGCGGACCGGCACAAUAUUCUUCACCCGCAACGGAAAGCGGCUCGAGGAUGUUGUCCACGGCCUAAAGUCGCAAAACUUCUUCCCCUCGAUUGGUGCAAACGGGCCCUGCGUCGUGCACGUCAACUUUGGCCAGUCGGGCUUCGUCUUUAUCGAGGCCAAUGUCAAGAAGUGGGGUCUCGCGCCCAUGACGGGAUCCUUGGCCCCCCCGCCGCCGUACGGGUCCGAGCAGGGAAGCAUUCUGCUCGAGUCCGGACGGAAGGACGGCUAUGCGCCAGCUAGGGGCCACUCGCAAAGUGUCUCGGUCCUCCCGUACCCCAGGCAGCAGCAUAUUCACGACGCACAUCAGCAUACCCGUUCGCGGUCUGGAAAUUUUAGGUCCAUGCCACCCACGAGCCCGGGUCCCAUCCGAAGCCCUACCGACAUCUCCCUCGCCCACCUGGUCCCUACAGACGAGGUGGGCGAGGCAAGCGGAAGCUCCGCCAUGCCCUCUUCGUCCGAGCCUGCAGCCCAGCCCUCGUCCACGAACAACCAGAACACCGGGCUUCUGGUACAGGACCCUGGCCUGCAGCCGCCUCCCGAGUAUACGAGUCCCGUGUCUUCGGAGAGCUCGAGCCGCCGUACGAGCACCGACAGUGAGGAUGCGCCUCUGAUUUCUAUCCCGGGUAGGAGUCGCGGCGCUUCCACGGCAUCGGCACGCUCCGCCACCAACCACACAGACGGCCCGCCGAUUCCAAGCUACAGCGAUGCGGUCCGACAGGGCGCUGGCCGUGAGCGGAGUGCCAGCUCCAUAUCAAACCGGAGGUAG